AUGUCGUUAACUACUCCCUCAGAACACAAGUGGAUCCUUGGUGACAAGUUCGACCAGGUAUACCCUCAUCUUGAAGGUAUCCAGGCAUUGUGGGAAAAGAAAUGGGCUUUCCCUUGCUCAAAGUCUCUCUACCCCUUCCACGAUGGCAAGUUUGAAGACUUCGAGCCUGUCUUCAAGACCUUGAUCUCGAAGAACAUCGAUUCAGGCUACACAGACGAGUACACUCGUGAAUUCGUUCCCACUGCCGAACGCCUCGUUGAAGAGGCCGACAAGCUGGUGUCCUCAGACAAGGACGCUGCCUCAGCCCUUUACCUCCGUGCCUGCACCGUCUACCGCAUUGCUCGCUUCCCUUACAUCAACUCGGACUACAAGCGCGAAAUCUACGAAGCACAAAAGAAGGCAUACAUCAAGGCUGCUAGCCUUUGGGACUGCCCGAUCAAGGAUGUCACUAUCAAACACACAGCAGCAACCUCGGCCGAUGCUGAUUCUGUACCCNUCUACGUUCGCCUGCCUAAGGAUGCGUCAAAGUCGAAGCCUUGCCCUGCUGUCCUGCUCAUGUGCGGACUCGAUGGACACAGGCCAGACAACACAACCCGAAGUGAUGAGUUCCUCACGAGAGGAUGGGCUUCGGUCAUUGUCGAUAUCCCUGGUACCGCUGACUGCCCUGCUGACAGAAAAGACCCUGAGGCUGCUGAAAGACUGUGGACAAGCAUCUUGGAUUGGAUGUCGGGAGAAGGAGUUUUCGACAUGAGGCGCAUAAUCACUUGGGGACUGAGCGCUGGAGGUUACAACGCAGUACGUGCAUCUUGCGUUUAUGAGCCACAUCUUUGCAGGCUACACUUCAAGCACCAUCCACUAACAUCAUUCAGGNUCCGCGCAGCACACACCCACUCUGACAGACUCGCUGGUGCCAUCGGCCAAGGCGCAGGAACACACCACUUCUUCUCGCGCGAAUGGCUCGAGAAGGCUCAAUGCAAAGAAUACCCCUGGAACGCUCUACCCGCCCUUACGGAAAAGUUUGGCUACAAGGACCACGAUGACUUUAUGGACAAUGCUCAAGAGACUUGGUCACUCGUCAAGACUGGUGUUGUCAACAUGAAAAGUUGUCGAUUACUGCUUAUCAAUGGAACAAUCGAUGGAUUGAUGCCAAUUGAAGACUCUAUGCUCUUGAGUGAGUUUGGCUCACCCAAGGAGAUGAGGUUCAUCAGUCAUCGCUUGCACAUGGGUAAGUUUUUGUCUCAGUCAUUGUCGACUUUGAAGAAGUUAUAUGCUGACCUAUCUUUCUCCCAUANNGGUUACCCCGAGGCGAACAGUUAUGUGUAUCCCUGGAUGGAACAGGUCAUGGCUUCUGUCCAUUGA